AUGGCUAAUGUCGAUGGAACUGCUGAGCAAAACUCUCUACUAUUGUUCACCCAAACUGGCGGAUGUGGUGAUUCAGGCAGCAACGGGCUUCACAGCUCACCUAGGAAGGUCGUGGAGGCGAACGCCGACGACGGCAAUUUAACUACACUAAUCCAUCUUAUCAUGGGUCGCAUCGACCGGUUAACACAACGGUUUGACCAACUAGACAAUGUAAUCGCUACAACUAAUUUAGCAACACCAAGGGAACAACGGAGAGAACAGCAAAACGUUAUACCGGACUCCUUCCUUUCCCCAGCAGAACACUUUACAGCUAGGAACAACCCGGCGACGCAUGACCGGGUAGAUAAUACCAACUCACUACUUUCAACUAUACCAGCUGGCCAACAGCGCUCGGAUUCGUUUGCGAACAGGGUUAUUCCAUUAGAAGGAACAUCACAACCAGCACGGCAGUUGACUCCUUCGAUUAACAACUUUCUGCAGAGAAAGGACUUUUUUAACAGCAACAACAACGCUGUUGAACUGCAACAGACUAGUGAAGGUAUGAAUAGUGACAUUGUAUUACUUAUUAAUGAACUUGAUUAUAAAUUGUUUAAGUGUAGGAAACUUCAAUUGGAAGUAGCCUACUUGGAAGAAUGCUUAAACAAAAAGAUAGUUCCGAAAGGACUAUGUCAGUGGAGGUUCCCAGUAGGUUUAAUUAAGGGUUCAAGCCUUCAUAGUACAUUACUUGACUUAUUUGAUAAACAAGCAUUUGAUUUUAUGCAAGUGCUUAUAAUGCAUUAUCUGGAACAAAUUCAUGAGUACCAAGUGGAUUUAGAAAAACUGGAGGUUGACAUUAAAGAAAACAGUGAUUUCCCUAGAUACAGGUAUGAAUAUACGAGAAUUUUUUCCAGUAUUGAAGCCACAAUGAACAAGUUAUCUAACAAUAAACAAAAGAAAAUCAAGAGAGAUCUAUUCCAAUACGCGAACUCAACAGCGUACCCAAACCCUCCCUUGGUUACUCAAGUAAAAUACAGUGCUAAAUUUAAUAAUAACACCACAGAAAGAAGACAUUAUCCCAGCAACGCAGAUUAUCCACCAGGGUUGGGAGCACCUGCCCAACCAUUGCAAGCUGAUUGCCAGCAAGAUGUCCUAUUGGAGGAAGUCUCCAAUAACUAUGCACAACCUAAUGACAAAAAUAAUCACCAGGAGGGUGGUAACAACAACAGACAAGUACAUAAUAACAACUCUAAUGAGGCCCAAAAUAUUCAGGGUUUUCGGCAAGGCCAGAACCCCCACCAGAGGAAUUUGAGGUCCAAUACCAAUCAGAAUGGUCCGGGCAACAAACGGAACCAGAGGCGGAGAUAG